CAUAAAAAUGGAAGCCGUACUACUCUCUUCUCCGCCUUUUACAGUGAAGAGGAAGCGUUUCCGGCAAUUUACAUCGGACAAUCGGAAUCGGAAUCGGAAUCGGAAUCGGAAUCUCAAGGGCAGAUAUGAGGGUUUCGUCAAUAUAACUAAAGCUUCCGAUUCCAAUUCCAAUUCACUAUCACAUUUGGUUUCCGGAAGAAAAAUCCUCGACAAAAAAUCGAAAGCCCUCUCGGCCGAUAAUUCCACCCUACCAGCUUUGCUGCUACACUAUGCCGCCAGCGGUUCUCUCUCUAAAGCCCUCGGAAUUUGGGAUGAGAUGAUCAACAGUUCAUUGAUGCCUAAUGCUCAACUAGUUUCUCAAUUGAUCUUUAUCUUUGGUUGUACGCAAGACUUCGGUACCGUCGCAAAAAUCUUGCGCCAAAUGGAACUCAAAGAUUCCAAACUAUUACCCGAUAUUUUCACUCUGUCCGUAUCUCAUUUUGGCAAGAACGGACACCUCGAGUGCAUGGAGAUCAUGAUCAAGAAAAUGUGUUCUAUGGGAUAUUCCAUAGAUUCCGUUACUGGAAAUGCUUACGUACUGUACCACAGCCUUUUCGGUUCACUAGCUGAUACAGAAGCUGCUUACGGGCGUCUCAAAAAAUCGAGGAUUCUAAUCGAAGAAGAAGCUAUAAGGGCUUUUGCUUUAGCUUACAUCAAGAAGAAUAAGUUCUACGAAUUGGGUUGUUUCGUGCAAGAAGUAGGCCUCGGCAGGAGAAACGUCGGGAAUCUUCUAUGGAAUCUUCUGAUUCUUUCUUACGCGGCGAAUUUCAAAAUGAAGAGCCUGCAGAGGGAGUUUGUGAGGAUGGUGGAAUCGGGAUUCAAUCCCGAUUUAAAUACGUUCAAUAUUCGAUCGGUGGCGUUUUCGAGAAUGUCUCUAUUAUGGGAUCUUCAUCUGAGCAUCGAACAUAUGAAGCACGAGGCGGUUUUCCCCGAUAUCGUGACCUAUGGUUGUGUAGUUGAUGCGUACAUGGAUAAAAGGCUUGGGAGGAAUUUGGAAUUCGCGUUGAACGAGUUUAAUUGGAAUGAUUCGGUUUCGAUAUCGACGGAUUCACUUGUUUUCGAGGCUAUGGGGAAAGGGGAUUUUCAUUCUAGCUCGGAAGUCGUUAUGGAGUACGUGAAGAGAAAGGAUUGGACGUACAAGAUGCUGAUUUCUGUGUACCUUAAGAAGAAGUUUCGGAGUAAUCAAAUCUUUUGGAAUUACUGAUUAAGUUGUUUGUAUGUGCCUUCAGAAGAUCAAAAUCAGCACAGAGAAAGAAGAUGACGUGGCCCAGUGUGUGUUUGUGUGUGUGUGUGUGUGUGUGUGUGUGUGUGAACUGUGAUCAUAGCAGAAUAAUGCCAUGUAUAUAAGUAGACCAAGAAAACAAGAACCCAUAUUUAGAAAUAAAUACCCCUUUCUUACAAUAUGAAAUGAAAUUUGAGAGAUAUUUUAAAUAA